AUGCCGAACACUAUGAGAACAACGCCCAAGCAAUCUAAACAAUCGAAACCGUCUCCAAAGGAGGGUGGUGUGCAACGUCGCCAGGCUGUUACCAGUAGGCCACCGGCCGCGCCACCAAAUCCACAGCGCACGACGAAGGUCCUAUUCGUCUUGGUCAACGGAGCGGAAGAUUUCGAUGACGGCGACGGUGGCGGCGAGAACGACCCCGGACGCGAGAACAGCAAUGCCAAUACAGAUUCUGGUUCAAAGAUGGAAGUGGACGCGAAAGGAGAAGGGGAAGCGAAAGCGGAAUUGGAGGGAAAAACUCAAUCCAAACAUGAUAAACAUCGACGGGAUGUCAUCGCUGAGCGCUGGCCCGGUGCUCAGGUGGAAAUUUUCGAUUUCUUCCCACGGACACAGGAGGGCAAAGGUCGUGAGUUUUUGAGCCCGGAGUUCAUUGCGAGGCGGGCAAGGGAUAUCACAGAUCGGUUGCAGGAGGCGGUAUACGGUCGUUUGGAUGGCUCAGAUGGGACGUCUUGGCUUGAAAAGGAGAUUGAGCCAAUCCCCAUCAUCUUCCUGAAUCAUUCGACUGGGUCUUUGCUCGUGAAGAAGGUAAACAGUUCUUCUCCUUCGCUUGGUUUCUCGUCCUCUCCUCUCAGGGAGUCCUACAAUCAGAUCCUUCUUUGUGCCAUCGAGAAUGAUGAUAACCUCUGGCUAGUCUCAUGGACGCUUGCGGUGGUAAGUGCACUUCCCUUGAAUGCAACUGUGACGAACCUUUACAAGCACAGGAGUAUUGUCGCUGGGAUAGAAGAAUAG